UUUUUGUUUGUUUGUUUUUUGUUUUUUCUUGGAGGGAAGGGAAGUUUUGUGGUUGUGUUUUUCCACAUUUUUCUCACUUAGAUAUACUUUGAAGACUAGUUUGAAAAUAUCAUCUUCCCCACGUGGUCAUACUAUAGCCUGACAAGUUCACGGCAAUUUGUCAUUCUUCCAAAAAAAAAAAAAAAAGGCACGAAAAUCCACCAUCCACAGAGGGAUUUAGUUUUAAAAUGAUGUGCCAAGGUGUCAAUUCGACUUAUUUCUAUUUGGAUACAAUUAAUUAAAAUCCCAACUUUUCGCACAUUUAUUGAACGGUUGUAGUUUAGUUUUAGGCGAGAUAAAUUUUGUUACAUCAUCUAGGAUAUCAUUUAGUGAAAUACCUGCAGAUUAGGAUAAAAAAAAAAAAAAAAAACUCGUGCAAGGCACGGAUCACACUAAAGUGAGGCUGAAAUCGACUUGAGCUUUCCCGGACGCUCGUCGCAAUGCUCUUCGGGAGUUUGGACCUGGUGUCUGCGCUGGCCACGCUGGCCGCGUGCUUGGCGUCAGUGGCGCUCCUGAUCGCCGUGUCUCAGCAGCUGUGGCAGCUUCGCUGGACCGCCACGCGGGACAAGAACUGCAAGUUGCCCAUGCCAAAAGGCUCCAUGGGCUUUCCUAUCGUCGGAGAGACGUGCCACUGGUUGGUUCAGGGUGCUGGGUUCCAUUCUUCGAGGAGACAGAAGUAUGGCAACGUGUUUAAAACGCACUUGCUGGGCCGUCCAGUGAUCCGGGUGACAGGAGCUGAGAAUGUGAGGAAGGUGCUGAUGGGGGAACACAGCCUGGUGAGUGUGGAUUGGCCACAGAGCACCAGCACUCUUCUAGGACCCAACAGCCUUGCCAACUCCAUUGGUGACAUUCACCGCAAGAAGAGGAAGAUAUUUGCUAAAGUCUUCAGCCAUGAGGCCCUAGAGAGCUACUUGCCCAAGAUCCAGCAGGUCAUUCAGGAGACCCUACGUGUGUGGAGCUCUAACCCAAAGCCCAUCAACGUGUACCGUGAGUCUCAGUACCUGUCCUUUCAGAUGGCUAUCCGAGUCCUCCUUGGUUUCCGCAUUUCCGAUGAAGAGAUGCACAUCCUAUUCCACACCUUCCAGGACUUUGUGGACAAUGUUUUUUCAUUGCCCAUUGACCUGCCAUUCAGUGGUUACAGAAAGGGGAUUCGUGCAAGGGAUACCCUUCAGAAAGCCAUAGAGAAAGCCAUCAAAGAGAAGCCACUGUGUACACAAGGAAAGGACUAUAGUGAUGCCCUGGAUGUGCUUCUGGAGAGUGCCAAAGAGAAUGGGACUGAGCUCAGCAUGCAGGAGCUUAAGGAGUCCACUAUUGAGUUGAUCUUUGCCGCCUUUGCCACCACGGCCAGUGCCAGUACCUCCCUGGUCAUGCAGUUACUGCGACACCCAGCGGUGUUGGAAAAGCUGCGUGAGGAGCUGCGCAACUGUGGUCUUUUGCAUGAUGGCUGCUUGUGCCAGGGUGAACUACGGCUUGACAACAUCUGCAGCCUCAAAUACCUGGACUGUGUCAUCAAGGAGGUGUUGCGUCUCUAUGCACCAGUGUCAGGGGGCUACCGCACCGCCAUGCAGACCUUCGAGCUUGACGGUGUGCAAAUUCCUAAGGGGUGGAGUGUCAUGUACAGCAUCCGAGACACACAUGACACAUCAGCCGUUUUUAAGGAUGUUGCGGCCUUUGACCCUGAUCGCUUUAGUGCAGAGCGCAGCGAGGAUCGUGAGGGGCGCUUCCACUACCUGCCCUUUGGAGGGGGUGUGCGGUCAUGCCUGGGGAAACAGCUGGCCACGCUUUUCCUUAAGCUGUUGGCUAUAGAGCUGGCAGGGGGAAGCCGCUUUGAACUGGCCACGCGGACAUUUCCUCGUCUGAUCUCCGUCCCUGUGGUCCACCCUACCGAUGGCCUCCGGGUCAAGUUCUUCGGCUUGGACUCCAAUCAGAACCAGAUAAUGUCCAAGACAGAUGAGCUGCUGGGUGCCACUGUGUGAAAAAAGAAAGGUGGAGGAAAGUAAUGAGAGAGUUAUUUUUGACAGUUUUGGUUAAUGUUGUUUUUUUUUUUUAAGGCAAAAAUCUAGUGAGUUAAGAGAGACACUCCUCUUUGUCAGUUUCAAGUUGUCACUUUUGUUUGCCAAAAAUGUACAGUCUAUCUUUUUCUAUAAAAAUUUAAAAGAAAGGCAUAAUAAUAAUAAUAAAAAAAAACAUAAUUGUAAUGCAAAGACCAUUAAGCGAUGCUAAGACCAUUAAAUGAUGCUGUGAGAAGGGGGGGGCACAAGAUGAAAGAAUGUUAAAAAGAGGACUGGAAGUUUCAUAAAAAAAAAAGAAACGAAAAGGAAUGCUGUGUCCAGCUAAGUAGAUAUCACAGGGUAUGGGCAAGUGUGUGCUCACAGUACCGUGAGGACAUGAAGAAUCAUACUUUUUUAUAGCCUGAGGUCUAGUACAGGGGUAUUCUUAAAUGUAUGUAUAUGUGUGUGUGUGUGUGUGUGUGUGUGUGUGUGUGUUUAUUCGGAGGGGUGGGGUAGCUUCAGGCAUUUAGGAAUGUAGAAAACAGUGUAAGCUAGAAAGAAUAAGAGGAGGAUGUAAUUACUCAGGUGUUAAAGUAGAAUAGGAGGACUGUCUAGAUUAACCCAAUACUAUGUUAUUUCUGUUCCUGCACAUAAGCGACAAUUUAUUAUUAUAUUAUUACUUCAACCAGCGUGUGCAUGAUUGGCUGUGUAUGUGUGUCUGAGAGAAUGAAAGGAGAGUGAGAAUGCAAGAGAAUGUAAAAAUGAUCAACCUGUGUGUUAAUAUAAUUGUUGUAAUUGUUUUGUGUUUUUUUUUUCACUGAUGUCACGUUGAAUUCUCUCUGUGUUGUCUCUGUGAUGUCAGGUUGCAUCAGGUGUAUAAAUGUCUGAAUAGACAUGAGACUCUCGAAACAAGCUAUAUUUUGGGAAUGGAGAGAGUUCCAACUGCAAAGUGUAGAUUCAGAAAAGAUCACUACAGAACACAGAGUUUGCAGGUCACCAUUUUUGCUGCUUGAGAGUCAGGAUGUUAUUCACAUGUCGGAGCAGAGCACUGUCUGGCCUCUGCUGAGAGGGACUGUUCUUUUUCCUGCUGCUCCACCUUGCAACACUAUGAUGCAAAUGAAAAAAAGGUCAUUUGACUAAGAAAUAAGAUUUCCCGAUCAUCAGUGUUUUUUUUUUUUUUUUUUUUGUCAAAUGGAACCUUCAAUGCCACUUCACACAAACUAUUUAAGUAAGUGACUCGCAGUGAGCUUGAAAAAAAAGGGGCACUAGGACUUUUGGUGGAAUAAAAAAAAACCCUAUGGAAGACCAUUAUCACUUUUUUCACAUCAUGCGAAGGAUUAUUAUUAUUUUUUAUUUUUAUAAAACAUGCCACUGAUCUUUCUGUAAUUAAUAAUUGAAUGAAAUGAAAUUUAAGUCUGCUGCUUAAAAUGUACCGCUUUCUAACAGGAAGUAGAUAGCUAUGGUAGUGUGCAAGUGAAAUUUGCCUGUUCUACAUGCAAAUGAGGUUUGUGUAGCCAAAUAGGGAUUGGGAAAUCAUUGCAUUGUCUAAUAUUGUAAUAUUAUUACUAUUAAUAUUAUUGUAAUAAAUAUUAUUUGAAGUGUUAUUUUUGUUAUAUUUCAGAAUAGAGUUUUAGUAUAAAUAAAGGUUGAAUUGGUAAAUAUUGUUAUAUUUAGAACGACAUGAAUGGCAGUUAUAUUGUAAACAGUGUUUAAAUGUUAAUAUGGUUUUAUGUUAUUUUAAUUAUUCUAUUAUCAUUAUUACCAUCAUUGCAUUUAGUUAAUAUUAAUAAACACAGAAGCACUUGUGGGGUAUGUUUAUAUUGAGUGCCAUGCGACUACAUGUUGAUGAUUGAGUUCGUCUGUAUAUAAUAUUUUAUUUUUUCUUUUUACAAAUCCACAUUUUACUUAGUUUAAGUAUGAAUGUUUUAUCUCCCUUUUCGUUCCUUUUUACAAUGGUUCUUAAAUGUACUUGGCAAUUUUAUAAACCCCUGUAAUAAACUAUAAUGUGAAAAGCCACUA